GAUAGCAGCAGCCCGUCGGACUGUCGGCUAUAAAACACAACAAAUCAUAAAGUGCAGCAGGGGAAGGCAGAGGAAGGAGGACGGGAGGGAGAACCGUUAGCCGUUAGCCUCCUUCUACUCCUCCUUCUUCUUCAGCGCGUGAACCUUGUUGUUGUGUUUGUUUCGUGCCCUCCUGUCCUCCCCUCUCCUCUCCUCUUCUUCUCCUGUCCUCCGUCUCCUCUCCUACUUUCUCCCGAUGAGUUCCUAUUUUGUCAACUCCUCUUUCCCGGUCACACUCCCGGGAACGGGUGCAGGCGGCCAGGAGUCGUCGUUCCUGGGUCAGAUCCCGCUCUACUCGUCGGGAUACGCCGCCGACCACCCGCUCAGGCACUACUCGGGGGCAGCGGCCGUUACCGCCGCCGCUGUGGCGUACGGCGCGAGCGGCGGAGGCGGCGUGCACCAGGAGAAAGCUUACCCGGCGUCUACGUACUACCAGCAGGCUGCGAACGGAGCUUACAGCGGGCACCGGGCUGCGCCUGGGGUCGGUGUAGGGGGCGCAACCGGAGCCGGUGCCUGCGAUUACGCAGCGGCGGCGGCGGCGGCUGCUGCAGCAGCGGCCGCCACGAGUUUUUACCGGGACAAGGAGCACCCGUGCGGUCUCGAAGAGCACCAGCUCGCGCUCAGCCAGGACGGCAUGCACCGUAAAGCGGAGUGCGCGGGGCUGAGUGGGAAAGGCAUGUUCGGCGAGACGAUGGACGACAAGCUGCCGGCAUCAGCGCCCAUUUACCCGUGGAUGCAGCGGAUGAACUCGUGCAACGGGACCUUCGGCAGCCCCGGGAGGCGCGGGCGCCAGACGUACACGCGCUACCAGACCCUCGAGCUCGAGAAGGAGUUCCACUUCAACCGGUACCUCACGCGGCGGCGGCGGAUCGAGAUCGCGCACGCGCUCUGCCUCACGGAGCGGCAGAUUAAGAUCUGGUUCCAGAACCGGAGAAUGAAGUGGAAGAAGGAGAACAAGCUGAUCAACUCCUCCUCUUCCUCGUCCUCCUCUUCCUCCACGGUGAACGGGGUGGAGGAAGAGGAGAAACGGACGGAGUGAAAGAGGGAAGGGGGGAAAAAGACUGAUGGAAGACACAUAAAAAGGAGGAGGAUGGAGGAAAAUAUGAACAUGCUGGUUUAAAAUCCCUUCCCCUCCCCGUCUCAAAGUUCGUCCAGACGUUAGUCUGAUGUGAAAACUCUGGGAAAAAAGUAGCCUACAUUUAAUUUAAUUUUAUUUUUUUACCUGUAGAGAAGGAAGGCGGGUGGAUUCCGUUUUUCGGAUCCCUCAAAAUGUAUCCAAAAGACUCUUGAGAUGGAACUGUGGAAAAAACAGAUCAAAUUCAGAAGAUUAGAUCAUAAAAACAGAUAGGGGAUGGUGGUGGCGCAAGAUAUGCCAUCCCAAGUGUAUUUAAAAACAUACAAUAAAUAAAUAACCCGCCACCCAAAGGUGACAAACUGUUUAAAGACACAAUUUCUUGUUGCAUUCCAAGAAAAAAAAACACCUAACUUCUUAUUCUUAGUUUUUAUUUUUGUCAAAUGUACUUCCUGUCGGGCACUUGUUUUAAAGCUUUAGGACCCCCCUGGUUACUCUUUCUCCUUAUUUUGUAAACGUGUUGUGUGUAUUAUACCUUCAAUUAAAAGCGCGCGCGCACACACACACAACAAUGUGGGGAGCUAUUUGAGAAGUGUGUGUGUGUGUGUGGGUGUGUCUGUCAUAUGGUGUUCAUAUUUAAACUGUAUAGAAAUAAGGGAAAACUAAUCACCGUGUGCGGUGAUAAUAAUGUCAUUGCGGGUAGGGGUGUCAUUUAACCUGAAAAGGUAUUUUCCAGUAUAACAGGGGGGUGCGUGGGAGAGGGUGUUAAUCUACUGAUGUUAUUCUCCAAACUACCUAAAAACGUUCAGGAAAGUGUACAUUUUAUGAAUUUUUACAUUGUUUGUUUAUGUUAGUGUUUUGUCAAGUAAUUGCGUAUAUACUACCUAUGACAAAUGUUCAAUAAAAUGUAAAGUAUGGA